AUGUGGUACCAGAGCGCGCUAGCAGUCAAUGGGAGCGUCAAAUGGAAAACUGCCCGAGCUCUCGCACACAGCUUUGCUCCAGGGAAAGCUAGAACGGAGCUCAAUGUGAGCUUUCCAGAAAUAGACUGGAAGUUCACGCAAGCUGUCUAUGGAUGGUCUGCUCUACAAUAUCAGGCCUGGGCGCGCGGAUCACUGAAUAUUGGCCAUUGGGCCCCUCAGUCUGUGGCAAUAUUCACAAGCGGGCUCCUUGAGAUUGUGAUUGAUGGCAAGCGGCAUUUCGGAGGAGAUUUUUAUGACUAUGGCACAGUACCCAUCAUUAUUGAUUUAAGUACAGGUGACCAUGUGGUUGAACUGCGGCUUAUUCGCGAUGUUCGAGCUUCGGGCGCGAUAGGAGAGCCCACGAUCGUAGCGUCGCUUGCCGCGGAAAUCCGUAUCGAACCUCUUAGUGUCGAUAAAGAAACUCUGCUGCUGCCAGACAUGUGCCGUGGCAAGCUCGGUACACCUUGGGCAUCAAUUAACCUACAUAAUAACAUUGCGGAUCGGAUCGCGGUUCUUGCCAUCAGCUCGAUUGGUGGCUGCCGGCAUAGUCUGGUGAUGAAUGAGCCACUAGACUUGCUUGGAUAUCAAGCACGACCUCUGGUGUUCCGGAUCUACCUGGGUGAUUCGUCCCAGAAGGAGUUAUCCGCUGAAAUAUUGUACAAAAUACACCGCGGGAAUGAUGAGAUCUUCCAAACUUACCCACUCCGUUUGAGACUCACUGAAAAAUCAGUAUCCCAGGCCCAGAAGCUUACAUACUAUUAUGCAGGCAUAGUCUCUUAUGCCAUCCUGCGCCCUCCCCCGGAGACAUGUGCACCUUCCGAGGGAGAUGGCGCCUUGCCUGUCAUUGUUGGCUUGCAUGGUGCAGGUGUCAAGGCAGACAGUGUACAAGUUCGUGAGAUGUUGGAUGCCGCGUAUGGUACUUGCGCGUGGAUAUUAUCUCCCAGCGGGGUUACUCCUUGGAGCGGCGACGAUUGGCAUACUUGGGGUGCUGGAGACGUCGAAGCUGCUGUGAACGCAAUUCCACGUUGGAUUCACAGUACUGGCUGGGAUAUGGUGCGCGUAUCACAGGAAGAAUGGAUAGUCGUCGGACAUUCAAAUGGAGGGCAAGGGGCGUGGUUUUUGGCCACCCAUUAUUCGGACAAAGUAAUCGCCGCAGCACCAGUGUCGGGCUACUCAUCCAUUGAGAAUUAUGUACCUUACAACAUGUGGCGGGAUUCGGAGCCUCUGCUCUCAUUCGUGCUCUCGAGGUCACUGUCAAGCUUUAAACAUGAGUUGCUACUAAGCAACGUUGCGGGUAUCCCGAUAUUACAACAGCAUGGCUCAAUUGAUGACAAUGUCCCUGCAUUUCAUUCGCGCUUAAUGCAUGAAUUACUUGGACAGACCCAGUGGCCAUCACAAUAUGAUGAAUUGCAAGGCCAGAAUCACUGGUUCGAUGGCGUAUUGACCACCCCAUCCCUUCUGGCAUUCUACAAUGAAACUGCCACCUAUCCUCGUCGACCCAGGCUUCCCUUGGCAUUCACAAUCACUGUUCCAUCCUCAGCAAAUAUUGCGAAAGGUGGGAUCUAUGUCGAUCAAUUGCGAUCUCCUGACAGGAACGGAGUGGUGCAGGUCACUAGAGAUGCGCAUAGCGGUAUCUGGUACCUAAACACGACUAAUAUACAUCGCUUCCACCUUUCGCCAAGGGUCUUGAGUUUCACAAUGGCCUCUGCGCUAGUCUUGGACGGCAGAGAUCGUUUUGAAGUGGGUUACAUCCGGCCUGAACGCAUGUGGUUUCUGAGAGAUUCUCAAGGAAGGUGGACUGUCUCAGAGAGAGAGGAUUGGCGCCAAUUGAAUGAGCGGUAUGGUCGUCAGCUCGGAGCUAUGGAUGCCAUCCUGCGCACCAAGGGCACCUUCAACAUCAACAUUUGCUCAGCUGGGAUUGAGCACAUAGCUGUGCAAAUCAGUCGUAAUCUUCUUCAAUAUUUCGCUGCAGAUUCCCAACUAUCACGGCAAUGCGGCUCCCUAAUUAACUCCGACAGCGAUCAGGGCCGAGUUGUCGAUAGCGGGAAUGUUAUCACACUCGCUCUGGGCAACGAACUACCUUCAUCGAAGCUUAUAUCAUUUCCGAUUCACAUACAGGGCGAAGGUCUCCGUCUCUUCCAGGGCUGUUGCUGGCCUGGGGCAGACACAGAGGCAAGCCCCCAGUCCAGCAUGAACCGAGAGUGUAAAGUAUAUGAAUUCCCCUUCGAGCGAGGCAUGGGCGCCCUCUUCCUCCGCCCUUUGGAGAAUGAGAGACUCGAGCUUAUUGUAUGGGGAGCAGACUUGUCUGGUCUCGAGCAAGCUGCACGUCUUGUACCUACCCUUACAGGUGUUGGGCAACCUGAUUUUCUCAUUCUUGGCGAUAGUUGCCGUUGGCAGGGACACGCUGGAGCAUACGCAGCUGGCUUUCUCGAUAGAUCUUGGCAGAUAUCGUCCGGGUCUUAUAUUCGCGUAGAUGCCAGCGCGAAUGAGCAAGUUUUAAAAUGCGGUGCUUGA